AUGUCUCACCGCUCUCACCUUCCUCACCUGUCUCACCGCUCUCACCUGUCUCACCGCUCUCACUUGUCUCACCUGUCUCUUCUGUCUCACCGCUCUCACCUGUCUCACCUCUCUCACCUGUCUCACCACUCUCACCGCUCUCACCUGUCUCACUGCUCUCACCUGUCUCACUGCUCUCACCUGUCUCACUGCUCUCACUUGUGUCACAGCUCUCUCCUGUCUCACCGCUCUCACCUGUCUCACCUGUCUCUUCUGUCUCACCGCUCUCUCCUGUCUCACCUGUCUCACUGCUCUCACCUGUCUCACUGCUCUCUCCUGUCUCACCUCACUGCUCUCUCCUGUCUCACCUCUCUCCCCUGUCUCACCUCUCUCACCUGUCUCACCGAUCUCACAUGUCUCACCGCUCUCACCUUCCUCACCUGUCUCACCGCUCUCACCUGUCUCACUGCUCUCUCCUGUCUCACCUCUCUCCCCUGUCUCACCUCUCUCACCUGUCUCACUGCUCUCACCUGUCUCACUGCUCUCACCUGUCUCACCGCUCUCACCUGUCUCACCGCUCUCACCUCUGUCACCUGUCUCACCUGUCUCUCAUGGUCAGGGUCUCUAACCUGUGUCCUUGUACCUCAGGUCCGCCUGACAGAGGACCUGGCGUUGUCGACGUCUCGCGUGUCUCAGCUGCAGCUGGAGAUGUCUCUCCUUCAGCAGAAGUCCUCAGAUCUUCAGAGGAGACUCACCUCCUCUCUGCAGGAACAGGAGAACCAGGAGCAGGAGGUGGCCAGGCUGAAAGCUCAGCUUGGAGAGCUGCAGGAGGAGGUGCAGAGGGCAGAGCUCCAGUGUCGUUCAGAGAAACAGAAACGCAAAGAAGUGGAUCUGAAAGUCACCGGUCUGGAGGAGGAGCUACAGGACCUGCGCCUGGACCGAGCCCGCCUGGAGAAGUGGACCUCCCUCAGAGUGGACCUCCCUCAGAGUGGACCUCAGAGUGGACAUCCCUCAGAGUGGACCUCAGAGUGGACCUCCCUCAGAGUGGACCUCAGAGUGGACAUCCCUCAGAGUGGACCUCAGAGUGGACCUCCCUCAGAGUGGACCUCAGAGUGGACAUCCCUCAGAGUGGACCUCAGAGUGGACCUCAGAGUGGACCUCCCUCAGAGUGGACCUCCCUCAGAGUGGACCUCCCUCAGAGUGGACCUCCCUCAGAGUGGACCUCCCUCAGAGUGGACCUGA